AUGAUUGGUGGAGGGGACCGGCAAGAUGUGGCUGUUGUAGUUUGGGGCCAGCUCACACUGGAUCCAAACACAGCGCACAGAAAGCUGUCUCUGUCUGAGGGGAACAGGAAGGUGACAGACACAUGGGCGAGAGAGGAGCAGCCAUAUCCUGAUCAUCCAGAGAGAUUUGAGCACGAGCCCCAGGUUGUGUGCAGAGAGAGUGUGUGUGAGCGCUGGUACUGGGAGGCUGAGUACAGUGAGUCUGAGUCGAGGGGGGGAUGGGUUUCUAUAGCAGUGACAGAUAAAGGAAUCAGCAGGAAAGGAGAGGGUUCUGACUGUAGGUUUGGAAGGAAUAAAAACUCCUGGAGUCUGGAGAUGGUCAUUUGCUUUGGUGGAAUCUAUGAAAUCUCUGUCUUUCACAAUGAGAAGCAAACACGCAUACCUGACCCCCCCUCCCCCUACCGCAGAGCAGGAGUGCAUGGUGGUGCUGGUAGACGAGCGUGUGUGUACAGGGUAGGAGUGUGUGUGGACCGUCCGGCCGGCACUCUGUCCUUCUACAGCGUCUCUGACUCUGACACACUGACCCUCCUGCACAGAUUCCACACACACUUCACUCAACACACACCCCUCUGUGCUGGAUUUCGUGUGCUUGGCUCCUCUGUGUCCCUCUGUUAA